UUCAGCUUCAACAAGUGAUGAGUCAGGUCAACUCCACGUGAAAGUUCCUUGCUAAGCAUACAGAUAUUCUGAAAGGUUUCCUGGUACACUGGGUCAUGGCACAGAUAGGAGAAAUUGAGGAUGAUAAGUCUUUGACCCCACCUGGUAACACCUAGUUUGAGUCAACCUGGUUGAGUACAAAUAUGAGAAGUCUUCUCACUCAGGUCCAUGCUUGCCUGCUCCUCUGUCCACUGCUUUCGUGAAGACAAGAUGAAGUUCACAAUUGUCUUUGCUGGACUUCUUGGAGUCUUUCUAGCUCCUGCCCUUGCUGACUAUAAUAUCAACGUCAAUGAUGACAACAACAAUGCUGGAAGUGGGCAGCAGUCAGUGAGUGUCAACAAUGAACACAACGUGGCUAAUGUUGACAAUAACAAUGGAGGGAACUCCUGGAAUUCCAUCUGGGAUUAUGGAACUGGCUUUGCUGCAACCAGACUCUUUCAAAAGAAGAUAUGCAUUGUGCACAAAAUGAACAAGGAGGUCUUGCCCUCCAUUCAAUCCCUUGAUGCACUGGUCAAGGAAAAGAAGCUUCAGGGUAAGGGACCAGGAGGACCACCUCCCAAGGGCCUGAUGUACUCAGUCAACCCGAACAAAGUCGAUGACCUGAGCAAGUUAGGAGAAAACAUUGCAAACAUGUGUCGUGGGAUUCCAACAUACAUGGCUGAGGAGAUGCAAGGGGCAAGCCUGCUUUUUUACUCAGAAAAGUGCUUCACAACCAAGAUACUAUGGAUUGUGAACAUUUCCUUCUGUGGAGAAAAGGUGGCGUACUAAACAGCUUUUUAAAGCCACUAUGGAUUUAGUCAUCUGAAUAUGCUGUGCAGAAAAAAAUAUGGGCUCUAGUGGUUUUUACCUUGUCAUUCUGAAUUUUUUCUCUACUAGUUAUGUUUAGUUUCUUUAAGUUUCAAUAAAAUCAUUUAGCCC